AUUUUUUUUCACCCUCUUGUGAAGAAUUUUUUUUUUUUAUUAUUUGUUGUAAAGUCUUUUGCACAAUCACGCCCACAUUUGGGGUUGGAAAGCCCUAAUUACCGCCGUAGCUGAUGGACGUUGGAGAGGGAGCGCCUCGCCGCGGAACAGUCGCCUGCGCGCCCUCGCCGGACCCGCGGCUCCCCGGUUGCGCCCCGGCCCGGCCCUGUCGCUACCGCCGGCCGGCGGGUUUCUGCGCCCCCUCGGUUCCCCGGAGCAUCCUAGCGAAACUCGGGAGCGAGCGCCCAGACUCAGGCGCCUGUGACCGCCUUCGCUCCAAUUCUCUGUGCCUCGCCGACGCGCCCAGGAGGAACCCUCAAGUCUGCGCCCGAUCGUCCCCCCAGGCUUAACCCGGCGGCUCCGCUCGGUUUCCUCCACUGCCCUCGCUCGGGUGGCGACUUCCUCCCCGCGCCCCCUCCCCUUCGCCAUGAAGAAGUCGAGUGGAAUAUUAAGCCCAGGAGUUGCUUUGGGGACGGCUGGAAGGGCAAUGUCUUCCAAGUUCUUCCUAAUGGCUUUGGCCAUAUUUUUCUCCUUCGCCCAGGUUGUAAUAGAAGCCAAUUCUUGGUGGUCGCUAGGUAUGAAUAACCCUGUUCAGAUGUCAGAAGUAUAUAUCAUAGGAGCGCAGCCUCUCUGCAGCCAACUGGCAGGACUUUCUCAAGGACAGAAGAAACUCUGCCACUUGUAUCAGGACCACAUGCAGUAUAUCGGGGAAGGUGCGAAGACAGGCAUCAAAGAGUGCCAGUACCAAUUCCGACAUCGGCGCUGGAACUGCAGCACAGUGGAUAACACCUCGGUGUUUGGAAGGGUGAUGCAGAUAGGCAGCCGCGAGACGGCCUUCACCUAUGCAGUGAGCGCCGCCGGGGUGGUGAACGCCAUGAGCCGCGCGUGCCGCGAGGGCGAGCUGUCCACCUGCGGCUGCAGCCGCGCCGCGCGCCCCAAGGACCUGCCGCGGGACUGGCUGUGGGGCGGCUGCGGCGACAACAUCGACUACGGCUACCGCUUCGCCAAGGAGUUCGUGGACGCCCGCGAGCGGGAGCGCAUCCACGCCAAGGGCUCCUACGAGAGCGCGCGCAUCCUCAUGAACUUGCACAACAAUGAGGCUGGCCGCAGGACGGUGUACAACCUGGCUGACGUGGCCUGCAAGUGUCACGGGGUGUCGGGCUCCUGUAGCCUCAAGACUUGCUGGCUUCAGCUGGCUGACUUCCGAAAGGUGGGCGAUGCUCUAAAGGAGAAAUAUGACAGCGCUGCAGCCAUGAGGCUCAACAGCCGGGGCAAGCUGGUGCAGGUCAACAGCCGCUUCAACUCGCCUACCACGCAGGACCUGGUCUACAUUGACCCCAGUCCCGACUACUGCGUGCGCAAUGAGAGCACAGGCUCGCUGGGCACACAGGGCCGCCUGUGCAACAAGACCUCAGAGGGCAUGGAUGGCUGCGAGCUCAUGUGUUGUGGCCGCGGCUAUGACCAGUUCAAGACGGUGCAGACGGAACGCUGCCACUGCAAGUUCCACUGGUGCUGCUACGUCAAGUGUAAGAAGUGUACGGAGAUUGUGGACCAGUUCGUGUGCAAAUAGUGGGCACCCGUGGCCUACCCAUCACCCCAUCCCACUCCCAGGACCCACUUAUUUAUAGAAAGUACAGUGAUUCUGGUUUUUUUAAAAUAUUGUUUUAUUUUUCCCCAAGAAUUGCAACCGGAACCAUAUUUUUUUCUGUUCCCAUCUAAGGACUCUGUGGUUUAUUAUUAAUAUUAUAAUUAUUAUUUGGCAGUAAUGGGACGGGGGGAGGGGGAGGUGGGAACCAUGACAAAUAUUUAUUUUGUGGAUCUUUUAAAAGGUAAGGCAAGACUUCUUUUCAUAGUACAGAAUGAGGGGGCCAAAACACCCUAACUUAGUUGUGUGUAAAUCUAGAAGGUAAAGGAAAUAUGCUUUCUUUUCUCAGCUGUGGGGUCCUAUGGGACUGGUGGCAUCUAGGUGCAAGAGGGUGGUGCAAAUUUACGCACAAUUCAGCUUUUGUGAUCAAAAUGAAUUGUGAGCGCUCUGGUAAAAGCUGAAAGGUCUUGAGGAACAAAUGAAAAGAAAAAAAAAAGAGACCCCCUCCCACCCCCCCCAAAGGUUGCCAGCCCGAAACUAUCAGAAUGGUUAUUUAAAAUCGGACAAUACAAAUCUUUUCAUUCGCAAAGCAAAAAAGAUAAAAACCGUGAUUCAUUCGUCUCAAACAUUCCUCUGCAGAUGGUUCUUUUGUCGUGGCUACUGAAACUUGGGGAGCAGAGAAGGAAAGUCCCUAAAAUUGAGACAAAAUUAAAAUGUCAUGAAGACAGUGAUUUGGAGUUGUUAUUGAAAUUAGGUUUCCAGAGAGGAAAAGGAUCCCUGAAUCAUUCAGGGUACUAGAUUUUAUAUUUUGAAAGGGGCCUGGACUAAUAUACUAGAUGUGAAAGGAAACUAGGUAGAGAUUCAUCUGGGUAUUGGGUAAUGAAAAAACAAAGACUGAAAAUGAAAUGUGAAUUCCACUCUCAGAUCUUCAGUCCAGGGAACAAGGUAAUCCUGUGCUGUUCUGCACCGCACCAGAGCAGAAAGCUGGUUAGGUUAUUUAGGGGAAAAAAAAUGAAACUGCCCUCUCAAUUGACCCUCUUUUCCCCCUGUCCACCGCCCCCCGUUUCUCCAUUGCUCCUGCCUGUCCUUCUGCAGCCUGCAGCACAGGGCUGGCCUCGUGUCCAAACAGCAGCUCCACUCGGUCCCCUUUGACCUUAGGACAGGAAAUGAAACAUUAGGAGCUCCACUUGGAAAAGAAUUCACUACUUAGGGACCUUUCCCCCUUAAACCUUUUAUUUUGAGGAACAGUAGUUUUAUGUGUGUUAAUGACAUUGACUUAGUUCAAACGUUGUCCACGGAGGUGUUGCAGCCCUGCCGUUAGGAUCCUGUGUUUAGACUAUCUGCUCAAGCUUUUCCUAUUAUACUGCAGGUGUACCUGAAAACUGUUCCCAGUGUACUUGAACAGUUGCAUUUAUAAGGGGGGAAAUGUGGUUUAAUGGUGCCUGAUAUCUCAGUCUUUUGUACAUAACAUAUAUAAAUAUAUACAUACAUAUAUAUUAUUAUAAAUAUAGUUAUAUCUCAGAGCAGCCAGUGAUUUAGACUGACAGUUUACUGUGGGUUUAUUUCUCAGUCUAGAGAAUCGUUGUCCUUCACUGCAAUCCAAUUGGUAUUUUUCCAAAGGGCUUCUGAGCUGAGCUGGUACUGCAGCCCUGAUGCGGGGUCACACCUUGAUGCAGCCUUGUUUCUGAGGAGUCUGGAAGGUCUUUCUGACAGGCGUGUUGAUUUGAAGUUGUUUUUUUUUUUUUUCAAUCUUGCCCGACCCCAUUCUCUUUAAUCUCUGUUCUGUACACUUUCCAGAGAGGGCAUUACUUGUUUGUCUUAGACUUGGAAAUGAACAGAUGUUCCAGACUCAGAACCAUUGUCAUUUGUCAUGGUUUUGCUAGUUCACUGUGCAGAGUUGGAGACCAGUGCAUAGUAGUAGAUCUGGGAGUAUUUAUUCAAGUCCCUAAGGAAAAUCCAGCUAUAUAUAUAUAUAUAUGUAUAUAUAUAUAUAUAUUUAUCUCAGACAUAGGUUGCUUUGAAAGUCUGGAAAUGUACACAUCUCCUGCAACCCUCUAGGCUAGGGGGCCUUCAUAUCACCUCAGUCAUCUGUGGCUCUUAAUUUAUUGCACAAGGAUAUUCACUUUCUCUCGGUUGCAGUGAAUUGCGAGCAAAGAUCUUGAAAUUGAAAAGCACUAAUUAGCUUAAAAUGUCACUUUUUUGGUUUUUAUUAUACAAAAACCAUGAAGUAAUUUUUUUAUUUGCUAAACCAGAUUUUGUUCCUUUUUAGUGAUUCAUGUUUAUGAAGAGAGUUGAGUUUAACAAUCCUAGUUUUUAAAGAAACUAUUUAAUGUAAAAUAUUCUACUUGUCAUUCAGAUAUUAUGUAUAUCUUCUAUGGCCUUUAUUCUGUACUUUUAAUUGUACAUAUUUCUGUCUUGCGUGAUUUGUAUAUUUCACUGGUUUAAAAAGCAAACAUUGAAAGGCUUCUGCCAAAUGGAAGAUAGAAUAUAAAAUAAAAUGUUACUUGUAUAUUGGUAAGUGGUUUCAGUUGUCCUUCAGAUAUUUCAUGUGGAGAUUUUUUGAGAAACCAUGAGGGAUAGUUUAGGGUGACUACAUGUCAGAAUAAUAGGAUAGUGGAGGAUUUUUAACAAAACCCAACUAUUCGGAAACUUCAAAAGAUUUCUAUAUGUAACGGAACAAAAGGGAAUUUUCUUUUCCUAUAUAUGUUCCUCCAAAACAGAAAUCAAGCAGAUGGCUUAAAGCUGGUUAUAGGAUUGUUCACAUUCUUUUAGCAUUAUGCAUGUAACUUAAUUGUUUUAGAGCGUGUUGCUAUUGUAGCAGCUCAGGGAAGAACUGAGAAAGGCUUGUGCUCUUAUCCAUGACUAGAAUUUUAAUUUGAAAAAGUAUAUUUGUAUUUACCACUGCAACAAUUGCACUUAUCUAGCAGAGAUUACUCCGGACUGUCUAUAUAUCCUGUUAGUUUUAUGAAAACCUAGUCUCGAUCUGCAGAGUGAAAACUCAUUGGAAACUAAAGGUUUUUUUUAUAUUUAGUGCAAUUAAUAUGAGUUCUUGAGCUUUUCGAAAAUGUACACCCAAAUCUAGCCAACCCUGUGCAGAUUGAUAUGUUAGCCUUCUGCAUUUUUUUUUCUUUCCGGAUAACCUUGUAACAUAUUGAAACCUUUUAAGGAUGCCAAGAAUGCAUUAUUCCACAAAAAAACAGUAGACCAACAUAUAGAGUGUUUAAAAUAGCAUUUCUGGGCAAAUUCAAACGCUUGUGGUUCUAGGACUCACAUCUGUUUCAGUUUUUCCUCAGUUGUAUAUUGACCAGUGUUCUUUAUUGCAAAAACAUAUACUUGAUUUAGGAGUGUCAGCAUAUUUUUUCUUUUCAUCCUGGAGUGCAUUCAAAAUCUUCCCAAUAAUGGAAAAUUAACAAAAAAAUUUAUAUAUAGGCAGUGGUAAACAGAGCCAUGUUCAAAACAGUAAUUAUGGGCUCAAGUAAAAGGGAGACUGUUUAAACUUUUUGUCCAGUAUAUCUUCUCAGUUUUUUGACCUCCUGAGACUAGCCUUGCACAUAUUUUACUAGUCUACCCAAAGCCUGUAUCAUUGGAGAAAUUUUGCCAAUGCUAAUUUUCAACUUGCUUUUGCAAAACAUUAUUCAAGCCACUUGCUUAUGAAAUAGGACACUCUAGCAGGCUCAGUUAGUGACUGGUACUCAUUGACUUCAAGAGAUCCUUGGCACUAACUAUUGCAGUCCUCCCAAACUGAGUGGCCUAUAAAAUAAAAGACAUAGGUAGAAAGGGUGCUUAUAACUUGAAGCAUAUAUGAUGCAGAUAUGCACCAAAACAUAGAUCUGAAAAAACUGCACUGUCACUGUAAAGUAUACUUUUAAAUAUUUAUUUUGUUAAAAUAUGUUUUAGUCCCCACUUUCUCUGGAAUGGCAAAAACCAGAUGCUGUAUUUUGAAAGUAGAAUGAUGAAAUGAGCUUUUAAUACAGGAAGCACUCAGCAGCAAAAUAAUUGAAAUUUAGUAAAGGAAUCUUCUGGUUUACCUGUUUGCACAAUCUUCAUACUUAAAUCUGAUGAUUGGAAAGUAUUUCAGUGAAACAUCACUAGUCAGCUUUCAAAAUAAAUGGGUGUAGAACAGUUAAUGUUUGGAGUGAUUUUUAAGAGCUAAAUGAUAUCAGUUUGGAACUAGGUGAUUAAAAUGCUAUCUAAGUAUCUCAAAGGGAACAAGAAAAAUUGCAUCUUAGACCAGUUUUAUAUGCAGUGUACAAUUUGCCAGGCUAGAAAUGAGAUAAAAUUAUUUAUUUUGUUCAUAUCUUGUAAUUUUUUAUUAAAAUAAUUUUAUGAAAUUGGUGCAGUCAUGUGUGUGUUUAGCAGAGAUGGUAUUUAUGACAAUAGAAAUUUGAUAUGGGUAUGGAGCAUGGGUUGUUGUAAAGUUCAAAUUGAGUUAAUGUGUACAGGGUAUUUAGAGCAUAUGUGAUGGCUUAAGGCAUCCAGAGUGACAAAAAAUAACUUUAUCAGGCACCUAGGUGGCAAUGUGGUCAAAUCUCAAGGGUUUAUUUUACAUUUUAAUACUCCUCUUUUGCUAUUACUAAUCUUUUCAUUCCUCUGUGUUCUGCUUUGGUGAGGUAUGGAGCAAAUUACUCCAUGUCGAAACAUAGCAAAUGAUAUAGGAUGUUCCAGGGAAAGAGGAAAUAGAUGGAUUUCUUUGAGGAGAGAAAUAAAAUAACAGUCUAGAUAAAAUAAAUCCCUUGGAAUAUUCUGCAACUUGCAUGUUGUAAUGAUUACCAGUCAGAUAUUUGGGUCAGGGUGUUUCAGUCUUAGCCCCACUGGCAUUUGAGAAUGGUUAAUUUAUUAUGGAAGUUUAUCUUGUGCAAUGUUUAGCAGAAUACCUGCCUUCUAUCCAGUGGAUGCCAAGAGUACCCCAUCCCCAUUCAUGAUAACCAAACAUGUCUCCAUAUUUUGCAGAAUGUAUCCUAGAUUGCAAACCACCCUCAAUUGGGAAUAAUGGGACUAGGUAAAGGGACCUAGGCUUGGAGCAUUUGGGGAAUACAGGCUAAAUGAUGAUGAUAGACAGUUACUUCCCUGGGUUACUAAAGAGAUGGAUAGGUCCCUUUAGGAUUCCUUGUGCAGAGGAUGGAGAUGUGACAUUUUCCACAGGGGAACCUGGCUUAGAACAUUGACCCUCAAUCCUGACUACUGAGGUUCGAGUCUGGGUACUGUCAUUUUCUGUGUCACCUCGGAAAAACUGUACAACACCCCUGAGCUCUACGUCUUUAAAACAGGAGAGUAUUUUAUAUUAUACUUAUCUUUUAGGGUUGUUGUAAAGUUCAAAUUGAGUUGAUGUGUACAGAGUAUUUAGAGCAUAUUCUAUCUGUUUUCAAACAUUUCCACCAGUUGACCAGUGGAAAUAGAAAUGUGGUUUUGGACCAUGAAGGCAAAAAAACUAUGUAUAAAAAUAUUCACCUAUAUCUAUCAUGACACGAUAAAUACCAUUUGAUAAAAUGAGAUGAUAUGAUAUGCUUGCUAUGAUUGUAUAUUUAUUCACUAUAAUACUGCUGCUACAUGAGC